AUGAGCGCUGAGUGGGUUUGCCAGUUCCCCUCUUGCAGCUCUAGCGCUGCUCAGCUGGCGGAGCUGCGGCGCAGACAUCCAGCCGGCUUCGCUCAUGAUGAGGACCCCACCAUGCGCGUGUGCACAGUUUGUCGACGGCUGCCUUUGCCUGCGAAGCAGGAGGACCCGCCCCUCGAUGACAGCUUUCUUGCCGGAAUCAAGGAGGAACUGGCUUCCAUUGAAGAAAGCGAACAAAAUAUACAGGCUCUUUCGCAGGUCUUCCGCUUCUAUGCCGGGAAUGCAAGGCAGCUGGCACAGCUGCUCGCGGACUUCCUCAUGAAGCAGUGCUUUCCAUGGGAGCUGAUCCAUGCAUUCCACCUUCUGGACGACAUCUUAUUGCUGGACAACACCGGAUCCUACAAAGCCGAGCUGUCCGACCGCAUUCAGAUGGCAUCAGUUCAUACAUUCCGAAAAGUCCAAUCCGCUGCAGAGAAACGCGAAGUUGCGCGUGUCCUCCAUGCUUGGCGCGAGCUGCGGAUCAUCAGCUCCGAGGUUGCAGAUGGCAUCGCUGCAACACUCCGCACGCUCGGCGGCGAGGCUGCCAGCCGAAUCUUGGAUGAAGCAUCUGCCCCAGACGACGAGGAUGAUGAGCCGUAUUCGAUGCCCACAAGGGCACCUGGCCCAGCAACUGCGGCUAAGGGCCAGCCACAGGCGGAACCGCCGACCAAGCGCGCCAAGGUAGCUUCUACGGCUACAGCCAGGGUGACUGCGGCGACCCCUGCACAGCCGCCGCGGACUGCAGAGAAGAUCCUGGCCUUGGUAAAGAGGAUAAUCGCCGCACCGGCAGAGAAGCCCUUUGAGCUGCUGGGUCUGGGCACUGGGUGCAAGGCAAGCGAGAUUCGAACGGCGUACAGGAAGAUCGCGCUUCAGAUUCACCCGGACAAAAAUCCGGGGUCUGAAGGACUUUGCAAGGAAGCUCUCAUCAAGCUUCAGCAAGGAAGAGAGCAGGCAGAAAGCGAGCUGCAGCAACGAGAGAGUGGAGGCAAAAAAAGGGACAAAGCUGGCAUGGACAAUGCCACUGUUGAACCAGAAGCCAAGCCCUCUGGGAAGUGCCCAUAUCCAGGAUGCGACCUACCAAGUUGCAAGCAAUGCCCGAACAGGUGCUGCACUCGCAACAUCACGCAUUGCCACAUGAUCGCACGAAGCCGAGGGGGGCUCCACUGCUACUUCCAUCCGCCUCCUCGCUCAUGGGCGCGGAAUGCCGAAGGUUGA